CGCGCCGCGGCAUCGUGCGGGAGCGCGCCCUCAUCACCGGUCAGGAUGAUGCGGCUGUCCCUGCGUAUUCUUCCCUGACUCUCCCUCUGCAAUCCGGGCAGCACCCUAGACUGUUCCCGCACCGCCAAGCCACGCAAAAGUCAUUUUGCCGCACGGCUGUCUGCGACCGCUGCGGGAGGAGGACCGUGGACCGAAGUUUGAGCUUGUCAGCGGGACGCAGCGCUGCAGCGCAUCCCGUUUGGCCAUGGCGCAGAUAAGGAAACUCGUACACCGUCUCCUUGCAUAAAGGACGCUUUGCGCAUUGGACGGAGCUGGAGGCUCCUGACUCCCCCAGAGGUGUGGAAACUGGGAAUCCUGAUGUUUUAAUCCAAGGAGAAACCAUUUCCCUGUCAAUAAUAAGAACAACUCAUUUUAUAAGAAAUUAUAAAGUCUGAUUUGGACGCAGGAUCUGACCCUUCCUUGGUGGUUGCUCGCCUUUUUUUUUGCACCUCUUCUUCUGUUAUUUGUUUGUUGCAGCAUUUAUAUGUUGCGGGUGGUGUAAACAGUGCGAACAGCAGCCAUGGUGGAUGCGGCGGAGUGCGGGGUGAGAGUCAUGUGCCGCUUCAGGCCCCUGAACGAGGCCGAAAUCACCAGAGGAGACAAGUACAUCCCCAAAUUCAAGGACGAGGACACCGUGGUCAUAACGAGUAAACCAUACGUGUUCGACCGAGUGCUGCCUCCUAACACGUCACAGGAACUGGUGUACGACCAGUGUGCCAAACAGAUAGUUAAAGAUGUGUUGGGAGGUUACAACGGGACCAUUUUUGCUUAUGGACAGACAUCGUCUGGGAAGACGCACACCAUGGAGGGCAAACUGCACGACCCCCAGCUCAUGGGAAUCAUCCCUCGCAUUGCCCACGACAUCUUUGACCAUAUCUACUCCAUGGAUGAGAACCUUGAGUUUCACAUCAAGGUUUCAUAUUUUGAAAUCUAUUUGGACAAGAUCCGAGACCUGCUGGACGUGUCGAAGACGAACCUCGCUGUGCAUGAAGACAAAAACAGAGUCCCCUAUGUUAAGGGCUGCACUGAGCGUUUUGUGUCCAGUCCAGAGGAGGUGAUGGACGUCAUUGAUGAGGGCAAAGCUAACCGGCACGUGGCGGUGACUAACAUGAAUGAGCACAGCUCUCGCAGUCACAGCAUCUUCCUUAUCAACAUCAAGCAGGAAAACAUGGAGACAGAGAAGAAACUGUCUGGGAAACUCUACCUGGUGGACCUGGCUGGCAGCGAGAAGGUCAGCAAGACCGGAGCAGAGGGAGCAGUGCUGGACGAAGCAAAGAACAUCAACAAAUCUCUGUCAGCUCUGGGAAAUGUCAUCUCAGCUCUGGCUGAAGGGACGAAAACACACGUCCCGUACAGAGACAGCAAGAUGACUCGGAUCCUGCAGGAUUCUCUGGGAGGAAACUGUCGCACCACCAUCAUCAUCUGUUGCUCGCCGUCCAUCUACAAUGAAGCCGAGACCAAGUCCACGCUUAUGUUUGGACAGAGAGCCAAGACCAUCAAGAACACGGUGUCUGUGAACCUGGAGCUGACGGCUGAAGAGUGGAAGAAGAAAUAUGAGAAGGAAAAGGAGAAGAACAAGAGCCUGAAAAACAUCAUCCUGAAGCUGGAGGCUGAGCUGAACCGCUGGAGGAACGGGGAGAACGUUCCUGAGGAGGAGCAGCUGAACUCUAAAGAUCAGAAGAGCGCCGAGCCGUACGACAACACUCCCAUCAUCGACAACCUACUUCCGGCUGCAGGAGGUGUCUCUGUGUCCAGUGAAGAGAGGAGUAAAUACGAAGAGGACAUCAGCAACCUGUACAAACAGCUGGACGACAAGGAUGAUGAAAUCAACCAGCACAGUCAGCUUGCAGAGAAACUUAAGGAGCAGAUGAUGGACCAGGAAGAGCUGCUGGCUUCGACACGACGCGACUACGAGAAGAUACAGGAGGAGCUGUGCCGCCUGCAGACGGAGAAUGAGCUGGCUAAGGAGGAGGUAAAGGAGGUGCUGCAGGCCCUGGAGGAGCUGGCUGUCAACUACGACCAGAAGAGCCAAGAGGUGGAGGAGCGAGAUCAGGCCAACCUGCAGCUGAAUGAGGAGCUGCAGCACAAGACGGCUCUGCUGUCUGUGGUGCAGCGGGAGCUGAGUCAGCUGCAGGAGCUGAACGGCAUACAGAGGAAGAGAGCUGCCGAGGUCCUCAACCUGCUGCUGCGAGACCUCAGCGACAUCGGUGCCAUCAUCGGCACCGGCGACAUCAAGACCGCCGCGGUGAGGACGAUGCAAUCAGCAAAAAGAGGAUUUUUGAGUUUCCUGUCUCACAAUGCAAAUGAUCUUUACAUCAGCAAGAUGAAGUCUGAGGUUAAGUCUCUGGUGAAUCGCAGCAAGCAGCUGGAGAGCACUCAGGCCGACGCCCACCACAAGAUCCAGGCCAAUGAGAAGGAGCUGGCGUCCUGUCAGCUGCUCAUCUCCCAGCAUCAGGCCAAGAUUAAGACUCUGACGGACUACAUGCAGAACAUGGAGCAGAAGAAGAGGCAGCUGGAGGAGAGUCAGGACGCUCUGACCGAGGAGCUAGCCAAGCUGCAGGCUCACGAGAAAAGGCACGAGGUGUCUGGAGAGGAGAAGGACGACAUCAACAGGCUGGAUGAUGACAUCAAGAAAACGCUGGAGGAGCAGCUGGAGAGCCACAGGGAGGCUCACCAGAAGCAACUCAGCCGCCUCCGGGAUGAGAUCGAAGACAAGCAGAGGAUGCUGGAUGAGCUCACAGAUCUAAACCAGGGACUGUUACUGGAGCAGGAGAGACUCAUGUCGGACUUCGACAAACUGAAGGCAGAGGAACAGGAGAAAGAUGCAAAGCUGCAGAAACUCACAAUCCUGAACGAACAACGGGAGCAGGCCAAAGAAGACCUGAAGGGUCUGGAGGAAACUGUGGCCAAGGAGCUGCAAACUCUGCACAACCUGCGCAAACUCUUCAUUCAAGACCUUACCGCUCGAGUAAAGAAGAGUACUGAGCUUGACUGUGAAGAGGGGCUCGGCAACGUCGCCCAGAAACAGAAGAUCUCCUUCCUUGAGAACAACUUGGAGCAGCUCACCAAGGUCCACAAGCAGCUUGUCCGUGACAACGCAGACCUUCGCUGUGAGCUGCCCAAGCUGGAAAAGCGUCUGCGAGCCACAGCUGAGCGAGUCAAAGCCCUGGAGAACGCCUUGAAGGAGGCCAAGGAGAACGCCAUGAGGGACCGCAAACGGUACCAGCUGGAGGUGGACCGCAUCAAAGAAGCCGUCCGGGCCAAGAAAAUAGCCAGGAGGGGAUACUCUGCACAGAUUGCAAAGCCCAUCAGGCCGGGACAUCAUCCACUGUCGUCCCCCAUCUGCAGCUCCGUCAGAGCCGGAGGCAUCUACUCACACAACUAACAUCACAAGAAGAAGCAACUCUACCAUAACCAACUCGCUGCAUGCCCACCAACUCGCCUGGAACCACAAGCCCCGCCCCUCCUUUUGAAGCACCAAUAGGAGGACUUCACAACAGACUGUCAUUCUCAGCAAAACAACAAAUAUCCACGGUGUAAAUACUGAUAAGACAAACAUUUUUUCAACCUCAUUUACAACAUUGUUAAUAUGAUUUGCUGUUUUCUGUGAUUCUCCUGAUUCUAGAUGUUCGUAUUUAUGCAACAAGAGCGCAAACUUACCGAACGAGGUCCCGAGUUACCUCCUGAAAACCUUCUUUAUUAACUAAGACUUGAAUUAGAAGUGAAAGCACGCGUGUGCUGACGUUUUGCAGGUGACUUUCAUGUUUAGAAGGACAGCCAUCACUCGUUUACACAAGUAGAUUAGCAUUUUAGGAUUUGUGUCCAUUCAUUGUGGAGCAACAGAUAAACUGGAAACUGGGAGUAAACAGCUGACUUGAUUCUGUCUAAAGAUAUUUUGAGAUUGAAUUCUUUUAUCUUCCGACAGCUCCAGGUAGUUAAGCUGUAGCUGAUUGUGAUGUUGGAGGUACCAAAUAAAGCUGCAGCCGAGGAGAAAAUGAAACUGAGAUCUUUCAAUACAGCCCUAUUUGUUUUGUUUUUUAUCGUGCACUGCCCUGAGAUUUAUCAGUUCUUAUAAAGUUGCAUCUCUUCUGUCUGCAGGAAACAAUCAUGAAAAACAAACACUAUGAAUCUUUAAAAGCUCUGUCCAAGUUACUCAUUUAUUGUUUAGGGAUUCUGGAUGUUGAAAGUGAGAUACGUAGCCCCUGAGGGACACUGACCAGCCAAUCAGAUGCUCCUUAGACUACAAGAGCAGAACUACAGAAUUAGAUAUUUAGUACAAAAAGAAUUCUUAAAUUCUUCUCCCCUCUCACAGGGUAAUAAAAAUACAGACUUUUACAUUUUGUGCCUUUUAACUAUCCGAAUUAUACUGAGCAUCUUCAAAAACGAAGAUAUUUGGUUUAUUUUUAUCAGACUGUGAUGAUCUUUUCCCCUUUAAACACAAAGCAGAUUGUAAUCAAUGAGAGCCCUUCACUUCCUCAGAUAUUAGAUGUCUGUGCUGCUGUCCUUCAUGCUGCCAGAUGAGCAUGUUUCUGAAUGUACAGUAUUAUCUCUCGACUUUUGGGGGGCAACAAGAUCUUUAAAAUGACCAGUAAUUGAAUGUAAGUGCAUGGACUACAGCUUGUAUGAAAGGCAUGCUCAGGGAGCGGGGUUUGCUUAUGCCUCAUCAUCAUGUACAUUUUGAGUUUCUUUGUAUGACACCUUUGCUUGUUUUGGUUGUUAUUCUGAAUACACAUUCUAAUAAAGAUAUCUAUUUAACCUUU